AGUGGGGGGCAUUCCAAUUGCCACCAAUUGACCAAUCACAUGAUGGAGUCUACUCGUCUGGCAGAUGCCAAACGAACGUGCGUUCUGUUCUCUACAUCUUUUUAUUCACUCGUCCAUCCCUCAUGUCAUUCCCAAAGGACAGUAAGCGUACCCAGCCUGAUAUCGCUCUCCCGGAGGAUGAGCAGCUGACGUUUGGACGGCAAGCCCCCUAUGCCACCAGCUCAGCUACCUCGCACCCCGAGACAGAAGCUGAGCCAUUAUUAUCAGAACCCUUCGCAGCAUCACAACCCCCGAGCAAUAGACGCACACCACAGGAGUUUGCGCCUCAAGAUAUACCUCCGCCAACGUACGAGGACGUAGUAAGGCCAAGGAUGCCACAAGGCACCUACGGACCCAGUCCAAGCAACGAACCAGAUAGUCCCAGGGCAAGUUCCGAUCCCAACUUCUCGACGCCAUUGCUUGGUCAGGCACCAGCUACGCCAUACACGACCAUCCCUGUUCCGCCCGUACAGCCAACUUCACAGAGAGAAAGCUCGAGUGAGGCUUCUAGCAAAUGGAGCAGAUUCUGGUUGGUCUUCUUCUUUGUCAUCGUCGUUCUCUCGGUCAUCGAUGACAAUACUACAACGGUGUGUAUACAAGAAACAUAGUUCUCCUUUGGUUUAUACAAGCGGCUGUGAACUGAUACGUAUCAAUGUUCUGUGAAUAGGGUGGUGACAGGGACGGUGAUGACAGGAGCGGAGG